AUGGAAGAUGAGGUAGACGAACGUCCAUAUCACACUAGAAGUAGGGGUAGAAAGGACAAAUUAGUGCAGGACGCUGUGUUUUCUGACGACUCCUUGGUGACAGAUGAUGAGGAAUACGGGGAUAUUGCGCCUGAAAUAGACGAUAAUGUGCUAGAUGAAGAGGAGGAGGAGGAGCUCAGGGAGGAGCUCAUGAAAUCUGGAGACUCGGCUCCUAAGGUGAACCCGUUAUUGUCUAGAAAGAGUAAAAAAAGUGCGUUAUCGGGAGGUUCUUCAAAGGCAGCAGCAGCUGCUGCUGCAGCUGCUGCUGGUAGUGGGAUGAACCAUAAGCUAGCACAGAAGGAUGACUUUUUACAUGCACAUCUGGAUGAUAUUCCUCCGGAUUUUGAGCCGGAUGUGGUUUCUGGGAUGUUCAAGUCUAAUGACUUUAGUUAUUUGAAAUUGAAACCGGACCAUGCGUCUCGCCCACUUUGGAUCUCUCCUAAUGACGGACGGGUGAUCUUGGAAUCAUUUUCGCCGCUAGCUGAACAAGCACAGGAUUUCCUUGUUACGAUCGCAGAACCGGUGUCAAGACCUUCGCAUAUCCACGAAUACAGAAUUACGGCAUAUUCGCUUUAUGCCGCAGUUUCUGUUGGUUUGGAGACAGAGGAUAUCAUCUCGGUUUUAGAUAGAUUAUCCAAGGUCCCAGUGGCACCCUCAAUUGUGAACUUCAUCAAGAGUGCUACUGUGUCGUACGGUAAGGUCAAAUUAGUUAUCAAGCACAAUAGAUAUUUCGUUGAAACGUCGCAGGCAGACAUCUUGCAGAUGUUGUUGAACGAUCCGAUCAUUGGGAAUUUGAGAAUCGAUACUGAUGCAGCAAUCGACGCAGCAGCAGCAAAAAAGAAACUAACGGAUAGCGCCAUUGAAACCCAAGGUGUGAACCCGAACGACGUGAAGGCCGUGUUUUCUGCGGUUGUGGGUUCUAAUAAAGAAUUAGAGGAAGAAGAUGACGAUAUCGAUGCCGUGCAUGCAUUUGAAAUUGAUAACGCCUCCGUCGAAAUCGUGAAGAAAAGAUGUCAAGAACUCGAUUACCCAGUGUUGGAAGAGUACGAUUUCAGAAACGAUCACAGAAAUCCAGAUUUGGAUAUCGAUUUGAAACCAUCUACACAGAUCAGACCAUACCAGGAAAAGUCAUUGAGUAAGAUGUUUGGUAAUGGUCGUGCCAGAAGUGGUAUCAUCGUGUUGCCCUGUGGUGCAGGGAAAACCUUGGUCGGUAUCACGGCUGCCUGUACCAUUAAGAAAUCUGUCAUUGUGCUCUGUACUUCGUCUGUGUCUGUUAUGCAAUGGAGACAACAGUUCCUUCAGUGGUGUACUUUGCAACCGGAAAAUGUUGCAGUCUUUACGUCGGAUAACAAGGAAAUGUUCCAAACAGAGUCUGGUCUCGUGGUCUCAACCUAUUCAAUGGUGGCUAACACAAGAAAUAGGUCUUAUGACUCGCAAAAAGUUAUGGACUUCUUAACCGGUAGAGAAUGGGGGUUCAUCAUCUUAGAUGAAGUGCAUGUGGUUCCAGCUGCCAUGUUCAGAAGAGUCGUUUCUACUAUCGCAGCACAUGCAAAAUUGGGUCUAACGGCUACUUUGGUUCGUGAAGAUGACAAGAUUAGUGAUUUGAAUUUCUUGAUUGGUCCAAAGUUAUACGAAGCCAACUGGAUGGAACUCUCACAGAAAGGUCACAUUGCCAAUGUCCAGUGUGCUGAAGUUUGGUGUCCGAUGACAGCAGAGUUCUACCAGGAGUAUUUGAGAGAAAACGCUAGAAAGAGAAUGUUGUUAUACAUCAUGAACCCAACUAAGUUCCAAGCUGCCCAGUUCUUGAUUCAAUACCACGAAAGAAGAGGUGACAAGAUUAUCGUGUUUUCGGAUAACGUUUAUGCGCUCCAAGAAUAUGCCUUGAAGCUCGGUAAACCUUUCAUUUAUGGAUCCACUCCUCAACAAGAACGUAUGAACAUUCUUCAGAAUUUCCAAUAUAAUGACCAAAUCAAUACAAUUUUCUUAUCGAAGGUUGGUGACACCUCGAUUGAUUUGCCUGAGGCUACAUGUUUAAUUCAAAUAUCCUCGCAUUACGGUUCUAGACGUCAAGAAGCCCAAAGACUAGGUAGAAUUUUAAGAGCUAAGAGGCGUAACGACGAAGGUUUCAACGCUUUCUUCUAUUCGUUGGUCUCGAAAGAUACCCAAGAAAUGUAUUACUCUACCAAGAGACAAGCUUUCUUAGUCGAUCAAGGUUAUGCUUUCAAAGUUAUUACUCAUCUUCACGGUAUGGAAAACUUACCAAACUUGGCUUAUUCAUCUGCUAGAGAACGUAGAGAACUACUACAAGAAGUUCUUCUCAAAAAUGAAGAAGCAGCUGGUAUCGAAGUUGGUGAUGACAACGAUAAUUACAUAUGGAAGAAUGGAGGUAAAAACAAGAAGGCAAGGAAUAAGUCUAGAGCCGUCAGAAGUGAAGGUUCUUUGGCUGGUUUGGCUGGUGGUGAGGAUAUGGCAUACCUUGAAUACAGCUCUAAUAAAAAUAAGGACUUGAGGGAUCACCAUCCAUUGAUUCGUAAGAUGUAUUACAAGAGUGCGAAUAAAUAA